AUGCGCAAGGGGCAACACAAGAAGAACCUCACGGACAGUGAGUGCAACAACCUCCUGCAGCACCCGUUGACCCGCUGUAUUCCUCACGGAAAGAUUCCAAUGGGCGCAGCCGAUGAGAUGGCCAAGAUGUUCGGGUGUACUCCAGCAACUGUCGAACUGACGGGCUCCAAGACCAUCUGCCGCCCUGUCCACCAGCGGAAAAAGGGCCAAAGCGGACGCAAGCCACUCCACUAUUACCUGCCCGAGCGCAUCCAAGCUAUCCCGCAGUCCCGGCGCUACUGCUUCCGCUCGGUAGCCCAUGCUCUGGGCAUCCCCAAGUCAACUCUCCACGCCUACUUCAAGCGCGGUGUCAUCGCGCAGUACUUAAGUGUGUUAAAGACGUCCUUGACCGAGUCAAACAAGUUCAUCGAUCCCAUGUACGACACCGUGCAUGUAGAUCAGAAUUGGUUCUUCAUGACCCGACUUCAAAAGAAGGUCAUCGGAGCCACGGGAGAGAAGAUCAAGCAGCGGUCCUGCAAGCAAAGCGCCACGUUGAUGGCAAGCUCGGAACGUGGAACUUCACCGAAGUGGUCCCAGCUCAGCGUCGCAGCUGCCUCCAAUGCCGUCAAGAUUCAGCAAGACUAUGCGCGGCCGCAUGUGCCUCCUACCGACGCCGAUGUUGUUGCUGCCUGCAAGGCGGAAGGAUGGGACAUGGAGGUUGUCUUUCAACCUCCAAAUUCGCCCGACCUAAAUGUCCUGGACCUGGGCUUUUCCCGCGUCAUCCAGUCGCUUCAAGUCGAGAAGCAUUCAACCAGCCUCGAGGAUAUCGUUGUAGCUACCGAAGCGACGUGGGCACAUGUGAGUCCGCUGAUGCUCAACAGGAAUUUUCUUACCCUGCAGAGAUGCCUCGAGGAGGUCAUGCUCAACAAAGGCCACGACACGGAUGUUGACGACGACAUUGUCGCUGCUUUGGGCCUAGUUCAAUUGUUGGAUUUGUAG